AUGUGCCCACAAAGGAAUCUCGAUAGGCGAUUUGAAGUAGAAUUACCACUGCCUGAGGAAGCAUCAGCUCUGGGAGAAUCAAGAUUGACAGCUUUAAAACGGCUCUACUCUAUAGAGAGAAAAUUUGAAAAGGAUUCAUAUUUAAGAGAAGAAUAUGUCAAAUUCCAAAAGGAGUAUGAAGAAUUACAGCACAUGUCAGAAGUUCCCACAAGUAACGAGGCUUCAAAACGGAACUACUUAACGUAUCAUGCGAUCGUGAAGGAAUCCAGAACGACCACGAAAGUAAGCGUAGUUCUUGACGCGUCGUGCAAGACAUCAUCAGGAAAAUCGCUAAACAACUUGUUAAUGAUAGGGCCCGUGAUCCAACGGGACUUAGUUGACGUUACAAUUCGAUUAAGACAGCAUCCACUGGUCAUACCUGGUGACAUAGAAAAAAUGUACCGCAACCAUUUUAUGGAGAUCAAACAAAGAUGA